AUGAAGCUUGCGGUUUUCAGCGCGAAACCGUACGACAAGCUGUACCUGACCACCCACCAUGCGGCUGAACUCGACAGGGCCGCCGGCAUUGACGUGACGUAUCACGACUUCCCGUUGAACCUAGAGACCGCCGAGCUAGCCAGAGGAUUCGAUGCUGUCUGUGUCUUCGUAAACGACACCGUGGAUGCGCCCGUUAUCGAAGCCCUUGCCAAGGACGGCGUCAAGGCCAUCCUGCUGCGAUGCGCUGGCUUCAACAACGUCGACCUGGAUGCCGCUGAACAGCAUGGCCUCUUCGUGGCCAAUGUUCCUUCGUACUCCCCCGAAGCAGUAGCCGAGUUCGCCGUCGCGCUGAUCCAGACCCUCAAUCGCAACACCCACCGGGCCUACAACCGAGUGCGUGAGGGGAACUUCAACCUCAACGGUCUGCUGGGGAGAACACUACACGGGAAGACCGUAGGAGUCAUAGGAACGGGAAAGAUUGGCGUCGCCUUUGCAAGAAUAAUGAAGGGGUUCGGAUGCACUGUCCUGGGCUACGAUCCUUUUCCGAGUGACGAGUUCAAGCCCUGCGGCGAGUACACCGACCUGGACGCCCUGCUGCCACAAAGUGAUAUCGUCAGUCUGCACUGCCCGCUCAUGGAGAAGACGAAGCAUAUCAUCAACGAGGACUCGCUGGCCAAGAUGAAGCCGGGCGCCAUGUUGGUGAACACGUCGCGGGGUGGGCUGGUCAAGACCAAGGCUGUCAUCGCCGCCAUGAAGAGCAAGAAGCUCGGGGGUCUCGCUCUGGACGUCUACGACGGGGAGGGCGCUCUGUUCUACAACGAUCACUCGGGAGAGAUCAUUGAUGACGAUGAGCUGAUGCGCCUCACCACCUUCCACAACGUCCUCGUGUGCGGACACCAGGCUUUCUUCACCGAUGAAGCCCUGGCCGAGAUUGGUGCCUGCACACUGCGAAACUUGGCGGAUUUUGUGCACCAACGCCCGUGCAAGAACUCUCUUUUGAGAGACGGGAAGAGUUUGAGUAGGACGAAGUCCAUCCCUGUCAGAAUCUAG